GUUUCGACUCCCAUGGACGACGCCGACCCAAUUAAUACCUUCUUCCCCGACCAAGAGUCCGUGGAUUUGUACGAAGUGCUUGGGCUUACGAUCGAGGCCACCACCGAUGCUAUCAAGAAGGCGUACCGCAAACUAGCCCUGACGUGUCAUCCAGACAAACAAGCAGCGGCGUCCGACGAGCAGAAGGCCAAGUCAGCAACACGGUUCCAACAAGUCGGCUUUGCGUAUGCUGUUCUUGGCGACGACAAGCGCCGCGAGCGGUAUGACAAAACGGGCAGGACAGACGAGGGAUUUGAUUUGGGGGCGGGCGACGAUGGCUGGGAGGCCUACUUCGAAGACCUCUUCGACCGUGUUACGCGUGACAAACUCGACGAAAUGAAGAAGGAGUAUCAAGGGUCAGAGGAGGAGCUUGCUGACCUCAAGGCGGCAUAUAGCGAAUCGCAGGGCUCCAUUGCUGACAUCAUGAACGCCAUUCCACAUUCUACAUUCGACGACGAGCCGCGCUUUAUUGUGGCCAUCAGCAAACUGGUCGCCAGCAGAGAGCUCCCGACGAUGGCUGCUUGGGAGAAGGAGAUAAAGGACGAGAAGGCCAAGCUCGUCCGCAAAAAGCAGGGUCAGAAAGAGGCAGCAGAGGCGGAAGAGAUGGCAAAGGAGCUUGGCGUAUGGGACGAGUUUUACGGUAGUGGGAAAACAACGCAACGUGCUAGUCGGGGCAAGGGCAAGAAAACGGAUGACGGGGACGAAGAUCAUUCAGCGCUCCAAGCGCUCAUACUCAAGAAGAAAGCCAAGUCAAAUGACUUCUUCGACAGUCUUGCUGCUAAAUACGCUGAACCGGAGCCCAAGGCGCGCAAAGGGAAGAAAAGGGCGAGUGAAGACUCGGUGGAUGAUGAGCCGCCACCCAAGAAGCAACGCGGGGCGCCGCCACCACCACCUGAAAUAGACGAUGCCGAGUUUGAGAAACUGCAGCAGAAGCUUUUCGGUGACAAGGACAAGGCAAGCAGCACUACGGCCAGUGCAAGUAAAGGCAAAGGCAAAAAGGGUCGCAAGGCCAAGUAA